UGCUCACUGCAGAGUCCUUCAUUGAUAAAUCAGCAGUUGUGUGAACCAGGGGACUGCAGCUGGACACAUCACCUUCACCUCAUCAUGCGCCCACACACUCGACCCGAGUCUCCGUCCAAGGUGCACCUCAGGCAGUUGCACUCACACUCAGUCAGGUUGAGAGGCUCCUCUUAAGCCACCAAAGAAUCCUCUUUUCCUUUCUCCACAUCCUGGCUUUGGAGUUGAGAAGGACAGUUGAGGAGUAGCUGAUCUGGGACUUUAGAAAAAAACCUGCAGCACCUUCAAGGGACCAAGUCUGCGCAACAGAUAAAGCCUGUCCGUCACCCUGGGAUCUAAGGAGGCAAGCGGUGCGCCGGUGUCGGCCAUGAAGCUGGUGAACGGUGGAGGAGGUGGCGGAGGAGGGGGGGAGAAAUCCGCCUUCUCCUUUAAGAAGUGCUCCGCUUUUCAGUUUGUCAAGAGAAAGGUGCGAAGGUGGAUGAGGAAUCCCAAGGUGAGCGUAGAAAAAGCUCAAGGGAAAGGCCGCCUUUGUGCUUGCCCAAAGUGUCCGCUGACUGAAGAGCUGUGGUACACACACUUCCCCUCACCUUACUGCUGCUGUCACUACUCAGGCCUGCAGGGGGGCCAGUAUUAUCACCAGGAGCCGUGCUCCCCCUGCGCUGCAAGCGGAACGAGCAGCGGGCACGAGAAAAGCAAAGGCUUCAAGGUCAGGAAGUGGAAGAUGCUGGCUCGCCAUCACACUGAAACCAAGCAGAAGGAAGCGGAGUCAGAAGUCCCCAUGGGAGGCUGCCAGUGCUGGGGCGUCCACGGCUCUUCGCUCUUUGCCAGCCCCGUGAUGCUGGAGUGCUCCAUCUGCAGCGGGCCCUACAUCGGCUACACCCUGGAAGACACCUGGCAGCCGCGCCAGCGCACACAGGCGAUGGACCUAUACUACCACAAUGAGUCAGACCUGGACAGCUACUAUUUCCCUGGAGACAACACUUUUAUGAAACAAAGAAGGAUGGGUUUGAAUGACUUCAUUCAGAGGCUCGCCACAAACUCCUACGCCUGCAAGCAUCCGGAAGUUCAGUCCAUUCUGAACUUGAGUCCUCCGCAGGAUGCCGAGUUGAUGAACGCAAACCCCUCACCUCCGUCCAGCCCGUCCCAGCAAAUCAACCUCGGCCCAUCUUCCAAUCCUUCAGCCAAACCCAGCGACUUCCACUUCCUCAAAGUGAUCGGCAAAGGCAGCUUCGGGAAGGUCCUGCUGGCACGCCACCGCUCAGACGAUCAGUUUUACGCCGUCAAAGUGUUACAGAAGAAGGCCAUUCUCAAGAAGAAGGAGGAGAAGCAUAUCAUGUCAGAGAGGAAUGUGCUGCUGAAGAAUGUCAAGCAUCCAUUCUUGGUUGGCCUGCAUUAUUCUUUCCAAACUGCAGACAAACUGUAUUUCGUCUUGGACUAUAUCAAUGGAGGAGAGCUGUUCUACCACCUGCAGAGAGAGCGCUGCUUCCUGGAGCCCAGAGCCAGGUUCUACGCAGCAGAGAUUGCCAGUGCACUGGGAUACCUUCACUCCCUAAACAUCGUCUACAGAGACCUGAAGCCUGAAAACAUCUUGCUCGACUCUCAAGGACACAUCAUUCUAACAGAUUUUGGGCUCUGCAAGGAGAACAUCGAGCCUAAUGGGACCACAUCGACCUUCUGCGGUACGCCAGAGUAUUUGGCUCCUGAGGUGUUGCACAAGCAGCCGUACGACAGAACCGUAGAUUGGUGGUGUUUAGGAGCUGUUCUCUACGAGAUGCUUUAUGGCCUGCCUCCGUUCUACAGCCGUAACACAGCAGAGAUGUACGACAACAUCCUGAACAAGCCCCUGCAGCUGAAACCCAACAUCUCCAACGCAGCCAGGAACCUGCUGGAGGGUCUGUUGCAAAAAGAUCGCACCAAGAGACUGGGCUGCACGGACGACUUUAUUGAAAUCAAGAACCACGUAUUCUUCUCCCCAAUCAACUGGGAUGAGCUUAAUGCCAAGAAGAUCACCCCCCCUUUCAACCCUAAUGUGACUGGACCCAAUGACCUGCGACACUUUGAUCCAGAGUUCACGGAUGAGCCGGUUCCCAGCUCCAUUGGCUGUUCCCCGGACAGCGCCCUCUGUACAGCCAGCAUCAAAGAGGCAGCUGAGGCCUUUGUGGGCUUUUCCUAUGCCCCAUCUAUGGACUCCUACCUAUAGGAUUUAACCACAGGCCAUGGAAACCAGUGUAGACCUACUGGACAUGAAACCCACAGUGUCCUCAGACUUGCAUCUUGACCCCCACCCAGCGAUUCCCAUCAGAAUGGCGGAUAUCUCUGAAACAAUCCCUGCAAGAGCUAUUCGGCUUCAUGUGUACUUUACCAUUUCUGCCCAGCUCUUGAAUGCAUUCAAUGCAAGAUGUUCACCACAAAUUGUGACUGGUUUCAUCUUGACUUCUUUAUUAGCCCUCACUACACAUUUCUUACCCUCUGGUGGAAGUCUUUUGCACUUUGCUCGGGCAGCUCCACAUUGUUUUAACGCUACAUCUGACAAGCACACACACAAUAUAGUUGUUUAAAAAAUAGUGGACUGAGCCACCCUUUUUUCUACUCUGGAGAGGUCCAUGUCCAUCCAUGUAGCGAAGCAUCUUCAUUCCCUAACGUGGACCUGCCUUUUGAGUCUAAAUAAGUAGCUUGGAGACAGCAUUUAGUUUGGUGCGUUAGUUUCUCCUCUUAUUUUUUUUGCUUCGAGAAGGGAGUCAAUAGAUGAAUGUUACGAGUCUUAAUUUCUCUCAGAGGUGUCCUUACUGUCAUUGGAGUUUGCUUGUAUCCACAUUAGUUUCAUCCACUUUUUAUUUUGUCUUGAGUGGAGGGAUUUAGCACUAAAUUAGUGCACCUGUUCUGCCUUGAACAUGUGAGACACAGGGACUCAGAUGACGUUUCUUACCUUCAUUUGCACAUUAAUGCUGAUGGCGAGAUGAAAAAGGGAGCACUGCUGCUAGGUGAGAGGGAGGGGUUGAGAAGUAGUUCGUUUUCCUCGAAGUUUGCUCGAAAACUGCAUCCCCCCACCCCUCAUGGUCUUCCAUUCGCCUCACACUGUUGAAACCGCAGCCAGCUGUCAGGCUGCCAGCAUUGAAACAUUCCACUUUAAUAUUGCUGUAUUGCAGUCGGACUGUAUUUAAGUUUGUUUGUAUAUUUGAAGUUAUGUGUUCUAGUUUAAUGUAUAUUAAAAGGAAAACAACCUAAGGUAUGCUUUAUUAUGUAUAUGUAACAAUUCAUGUUUAAUGUACUGUAAAUUGUACAAUGGUUUAUGUGACCAUGUUGAGUUUGCAAUAAAAGUUUAACUUUAUUACAUGUUCAAAA